AUGAAGUUUGGGAAAACCUUUGCCAAUCAUCGGACUCCAGAGUGGUCAACUCAAUAUGUUGGCUACAAAUCACUCAAGAAAAUGAUAAAAGAAAUCACAAGGCUUCAGGAGAGCAUGUACAGAACUUAUAACAAGAACAAUUAUGAUGGAACUGGGCCACCAACUAAAAUGAGAGAUUCAUCCAAUAGUGCUCAAAACUAUCUAGACUCUCCGAAAAUUAAAAAGUUAUUGGGGUCAUUUUUCUUUGCAAUCGAUAGGGAUAUUGAAAAAGUUGACUCAUUUUAUAAUUCCCAGUACGUUGAGUAUAAAAAAAGAUUUGAAAGAUUACUCUCAUCUAAUCAAUUCAAUGAAAUUAAACUAACCUUAGGAGUCAAUGCCAACGCUGAAGAUGCAGUAGUACAAACCUUACUCGCGAAGGAUUCGAGGGAGAUGAAUAGGCUUCUUAGAGGUGCGAGCCAAUCUAACCGCAUACCUUACCACAAAGAUGACCUAGUCGAAAUUCAAUCUAUAUUAGCUGAAUUGAGAAAUCAAUUUAGAAAUUUAAAAUGGUACGCAGAAUUAAAUAAAAGAGCCUUUAGUAAGAUCUUAAAAAAGUUGGAUAAAAAAGUUGGUACCAAUCGCCAAGUAUCAACCAUGGAAACUAGAAUCUUACCGCUACCAUUCGCUGAUGAUUCUUUCAUAACCAAGGAUUUGAGUUCGCUCAAAACAAUUUGGGAACAAGUGACGCUAAAAAUAAAUCAUUACGAAACGGUGAUAAAGGAUUCCUCACCCAACAGUAAUGCAGGUGAAAAUAUGGAAUUUUUCAAAAUUAUUUCCGUUUUUAUAGAGGAAGAUGAUAGCAAAGGAUUAAUUAGGGAGCUAACGAACUUAUACUUGGAAUUACCUUUGGUUCCAACAAGAAUUAUGAUUAAUGUUUUGAAUAAGGCUGCAAUAUCUAAAUCUUUGGCAUGUGUCGAUGCGAUUUUAAAGGUCAUUCCGUCCCUAAAUGAUUCAGAUGAUAUUAAUAAGAGAAAUUUUUUCCAUCAUCACGUAAUUGCAAUUGGCAAGUUGAUUGGGAGGCAAGAUGUUUUAGGGAGAAAGAGGAAAACACAGCCUUCCAAAUACACCAAUAACGAUGGAGAGAUUAUAACCGAAUUGAAGACUUUGCAUAUGACCUUAUCUGUUUUAACAGAUUCCGAUGCUGCUGUGGAGAAGGAGAAAAGUUUCGCCGAUUCACUUUCCUAUAUCCUGAAGGAAUUACCAGUUCAUUUAAUACCAUGCCUCUUUCAACACGAUAACUAUAAAAGAACCCCUUUGCAUUACUCUUGUCAAUAUGGCUUAUCCGAGAUUACGGCAUUGAUUAUCAAGCUAAUGAAGGAAUGGAAUAUCUGGGAUGAAUUUCCUAUUGAUGAUGCCUCCGUGUUUGGAGAUUCGGAAUCUUUGACACCUUUGCAUUUGAGUGUGUUAGGUGCCCAUCCUAGAACUGCAGAAGUUUUAUUGCAAUCCUUGAAUCCAAAUGUGAAGUUGAGAAGUUCAAGUUUGUUACAUUUAGCUACUGAAUGGAAUAAUUAUCCCCUUUUACAUGUCCUCUUAUCUUCCAAAAGAUUUGAUAUAAGCUAUCAAGACAACGAACUACAUGAAACGCCAAUAUAUCUUGCUUGCAGAUUGAAUUUUUUUGAGGCUGCUGUUUGUUUACUAUACAACGGAGCAGAUCCUGAAAUAAGGGAAAAAAUAUUUGGCUGGACGCCUGUGUUUGUUGCAGCCGCUGAAGGGUUUAAGAACAUUGUUAGUCUCUUAAUAGAUAACCAUGCGGAUUUUGAUAUUGAAGAUGAAGGUGGAUGGACGCCGAUGGAACACGCUGUAUUACGUGGUCAUUUAGAUGUUGCUGAUAUGGUCCAAAUCAAAGACGUAUUAGUAACACAUCCUCAUUCACAGUUAAACAGUAGCAAUGAAGAUAAAGAAACAUUAAAUCAAACCAAUACCGAACGAUUGAAUGGCCGAAGUGGAGACGGAAAUGGAGUGAAUAAAGGAUCUUUGGGAAAACUAGCUGGGCCAAUAAAGUCAUAUGGGCAUAGGUUUUUAAAUAAUAGUGAAUCACUGAUAUUGGUAACGUUGGGGAGUAACGACACAAGAAAUGAAGGUCCCUCGAUUUCUUUAAACCAAGAAGUACUAGCAAAGAUCAUUGGUUUGGAAACUGAUUGUGCGUUAUCACUAGUAAUCUCAUGCACCGAUUCGAUUGAUAAGCCAUCUGUGCUUUUAGAUUUACCAUUAGAGGACACUGUAGAUGCGGUAGAUUUUAAGGUACCUUUCAAAGUUGACUAUUCUCAUACACUAUCCUUUGAUAUUGUUCCCACGUAUGGAACACGUUCAUUAGAACCGCACAAUAAAGUGGAUGGUCAAAACAAUAAUAAUAAUGACCACGUAAUGGGGAGAGGUGUUUCCCUGUUAAAUAAGUCAUAUAAUUCUGUGGGAGUUAAUAGGAGUGUGGUGAAUGGGAACGUGACUACUCCCAUCAUUGCUAACCAUACAUUGGAGGUACUCGGGAUGAUAAGGUUUGAAUAUAUUAUUAUAACACCAUUUGAACAUCCAAAGCUACCUCUAGAAAGGACAGAAACGUACUGGAAGUCUUUAGUGUCUACACGUGUUAUAGGGCACAGAGGGCUGGGCAAAAACAACCCUAAUAAGUCACUACAAAUUGGGGAAAAUACAGUGGAGUCCUUCAUCAUGGCAGCUUCAUUAGGCGCAUCGUAUGUCGAGUUUGAUGUCCAGUUGACAAAGGACAGCGUACCAGUAGUGUAUCAUGAUUUCCUCGUAGCGGAAACCGGUGUUGACAUUCCCAUGCACGAGUUGACGCUAGAACAGUUCUUGGACUUGAACAAUGCAGAUAAAGAGCACAUUCAAGGUGGAUCAGGUCAUUCAGCCCGCCAUGUUAAUGGGGUGGAAAUGGCGUUGCAGAAGAACAGGAGACGCUCGGUAGAUGAUUCUGAUGUUAGCACGUUGAGGAGAGCUUGGGACCUACAUGACGUUGACCCGGAGGAGAGGGCAAAGAACUCCCAUUGGUCCAACAAUAGAAUGAGGCUAACCAAGACGUUCAAGAAGAACAACUUCAAGGGGAAUGCUAGGGGCCAUUCGAUAGCAUCAUCGUUCGUGACAUUGAAGGAACUAUUCAAGAAAAUCCCAGCAAAUGUAGGGUUCAACAUAGAGUGUAAGUUCCCCAUGCUUGAUGAAGCCGAAGAGGAAGAACUGGGGCAAGUAAUGAUGGAGAUGAAUCAUUGGGUGGACACUGUACUGAAAAUAGUGUUUGAUAAUGCGAAUGGUAGGGACAUUAUUUUCUCGUCAUUCCAUCCUGAUGUUUGCAUCAUGCUGUCAUUGAAGCAGCCGGUGAUUCCAAUAUUAUUCUUAACGGAAGGUGGGAGUCAGCAGAUGGCCGAUUUGAGGGCGUCAUCGUUGCAAAACGGUAUAAGAUUUGCCAAGAAGUGGAAUCUUUUGGGUAUUGUAUCUGCUGCGGCGCCUAUCCUGAAGGCGCCACGAUUGGCGCAAGUGGUCAAAUCGAAUGGCUUGGUAUGUGUUACUUAUGGUGUGGAUAACAACGACCCUGAAAAUGCCAGUAUUCAGAUUGAAGCUGGUGUGGAUGCGGUUAUAGUGGAUAGCGUACUGGCAAUUAGACGUGGGUUAACGAAGAAAAAUGAAAAGUAA